AGAAAAACCAUGACAGAUCAAGUGUAUGUGACACUUCGAGAAGAUCAGGAUAAGCUGUGGAACCUCUUCCAUUAUCAUAAAAACGAGAUGAUUGUCACAAAAUCCGGCAGGAAAAUGUUCCCGAAGCUUGAGUAUGUGGUCAGAGGUCUCACGCCGAACAAGCUCUACGCUAUGAUGCUUCAUAUUGAGCCAUCCGACGAUCAUCGGUACAAGUUCAGCAGUGGAGAAUGGGUCAAGUCGGGAAAAGCCGAAAAGCACAGGGAGCCAAAGAAGUUGUGGCAUGCGGAUGGAGUUAGAAGUGGAAAAGAAUGGAUGACCAACCCAGUUUGCUUCGAUCGUGUAAAAAUCACAAAUUGCGCUGAAUCUACAAAUGCAUCAAUGAUUUUCCUUCACAGCAUGCACAAAUACACACCAGUAAUGUCAAUCUACGAGUCCCCAUCGGAGAGCCCAUUCAGCGUCCCACAACCAUCGACCCGUCUUGUCACUUCUGUUCGACUCACUUAUACCGAAUUUAUUGCAGUUACAGCGUACCAGAACGACGCAGUAAUCAAGCUGAAAAUCAAGUUCAACCCAUUUGCCAAAGGAUUCCGAGAGGGAAGCCAAUCAGACAGAAAACGAAAUUCUCCAUCCGCCGACGACUCUACAACAGAUGAAAGCUCAUCUCAAGUCUCUUCUCCUCAGCCAAAAAAGUCACGAACCGUGUCAGUAUCACCUCCAUUGAUGCCACGGAUCCUUCCAACAAUGAUUCCACCACCACCAGCCAUCAAUCCCCUUUUCUACAGUCUCCCCUACUUUUCCCAUUUGGCAGCCACCGGGAACUUCCCGCCUGUACCAUUCCAAUUCCCAUUUGGACUUCCAUGCUUCUCCCCAAUGUCAUUUCCAACACCUCCGCCAUCUUUGAAAAAUGUCAAGAAAGAAGAGCAAGAGGAUAUUGAGCAGGAAAUCAAUGUAGUUUAAUUGCAAAAUUUAAUUAUUAAUUUUAAAUUGUUAUACUUUAGUUCGGGUCACAUGAUCACUUUUUCUGUUAAUUUUUUCUGCAUAGAAGAUUUUUUGUUUCUGAAUUUGGACAUAAUCAAAUAAAUUUUAUACGGUGUAA